AUGGCCUCUGCGGUGAGGGCUCCUCAGCUUCUAAGCAAGGGCCUCUCGGUUGCAACAACUCCACAAUAUGUCUGUCGAACGUGUCGACAUGUACUCAAGCGAGAAUGCCAGCAAAUUCGGUACAGGACGACUCUAUCCUCUCGACCAGAUAGACGGCAAGCUUCAGGUCAUCCACGGGAGCAACGGCGCCUUGUUUCACUCAGUUCUUUCGCGGGGCGCACUCAGCAAAUGGAGGAACCCGCACCGGCAGAAGAAGGCGUUUCAAUGGAACCCUACGUGGAAGCAACAACAUGGGACGGGCUGGAACACAUGGGCCACCAAGGACAUUGGAAAGAUCUCCUCCCGGAUGCAAAAGAUGAUUACGAGCCAUGGCUAGAUACUACCCAGGCAACACCUCCUCAACGCGACCAAUUCCUCUCCCUCCUCUGGAUCUCCAUUGUCGAAUGCCUCGCGCUCAAGCAACUCAACAGAGACCCAAAGACCAUUCACACAGACGGCCCACCGAAUUUUGCUGGUGGCAUGGCAUCUCUUAAAAUCCAGCUGUCAGGCACGGGUACAAUAUCGCAUCUGGACGAUCCUCAUGGGACUCUCAAACAGACAAAGGCAGGAUCCGAGGCAGCGAGGGAGCAAGGUUCAGAGGUGGAGUUCUCGGUCUCUGAGAUUGAAGAACAGCUGCAGGACGCGAGAUUUGAUUUUCACGACCCUACUACCUUUGCUAUCCUCAAACGUUUCUCCGAACUGACCGGCCAUCGCGUGCCGGAUCCUGUCCUCAACACCGUGCUCCGCGGUAAUAAACCUCUAGUCGCAUUCAUCGACCUACUCACCCAAUCCGCAAAGCCCAAGCCCAAAAAAUUCGCGGAAGUCCUUCUCGCCAAGCAGAAAAAAGCGGUGGAUUUCGCUGCUCGCGAGAAGCUCCUCGCCGAGCAAGGCCUGCAGGCGCACACCGGCACGGCCGUCCCCACGACCGAAGCGACGGACGCAAAAGCCGGCAAGCAAAAGCCCAAGUUCAAACCCUUGGGUCCGAACGUGAUGAUCUUCCCCCGCCGCGAGACCCAAGUCGACCGCGAGAUGGAAAUCGGAAGAUGGAAGGUCAUCAAGCGCGAACUCGAGAAUCGCGGUUUACCGGUGUACCCGAUUCCCAAACUCGUGCCCGCUGGUGAGACGUGGCGCAAGGACGAGGGUGGCGUGGUGUGA